ACAGCAAAUAGCAACCUGAGCAAAACGAAAGGCUCCUCUCUUUUUGAACCCUCCCCCUCUUCCUCCAUCAUCAUCGUCAUCAUUAUAACAGCAACCAGAUUCAUAGCAGAGUGGGAGGAAGACAGAGAGAGAGAGUGUGAACUGAACUGAGUGAGUGAGAAGAAGAGGAUGGCACUGAGAAUGUGGGCUUCUUCCACAGCAAAUGCCCUGAAGCUCUCCUCUGCAGCCUCCAAGACCCACUUCUCCCCUGCCCUCUUCUCUCUCUCCAGAUGCUUCUCCUCUGUGUUGGAGGGGCUCAAGUAUGCAUCGUCGCACGAGUGGGUGAAGCAUGAGGGCGCUGUGGCCACUGUUGGCAUCACUGACCAUGCCCAGGACCACCUUGGAGAAGUGGUGUUUGUCGACCUGCCCGAACCUGGGGGUCAAGUAUCACAGGGAGGAGGCUUUGGAGCAGUGGAAAGUGUGAAAGCUACGAGUGAUGUUCUCGCCCCGAUCUCUGGAGAGAUAAUCGAGGUCAACACAAAGCUCUCCGAGACCCCAGGAUUGGUGAACUCAAGCCCUUACGAGGAUGGGUGGAUGAUCAAGAUAAAGCCUGCUGAUCCAUCGGAGCUAGGCAAGUUGUUGGGUCCUAAGGAGUACACCAAGUUCUGCGAGGAGGAAGAAUCUCAUUGAUGCCUGUUUCCAGCAUUUUCCUCGGACUGACCCGCUCGGAGCAAGAAGACAAUACUCUCAAUCCUCUUAAUUUGUCGAUAAGCUUCGGAAAUGUCAAGUUUGAUACUUCUAUCUUCACCUCAUUCCUCUUUUCCUGUUGUACUCUCUGCAUCUUCAUGUAAUUAAAGACCCCUUUAUUCCUUCGCUUCA